AUGGUCAACGAUUUGACUACGUGUCGGUGCUAUCGCUGUGAGAAUUCUGAAUUGCACUUGACCACACUCUUGAAUGCCUCGAUGUCCUUCAGCUCGAGCUCACCAGCUGGGCAUGCCAGCUGCCACCCUCCAUCGUUCCUCUCGGUGGCAUCAACCACCCCAACGCUCAGGGGCAUCACGGCGGAUCGCACCAGUAGCUUCCGAUGUGGCCUCGUGCGCGAGAGCUGCCACAAGGCGGAGUUGCAGAAGAGUUCCGCGAGUCCGCUGGGAGUUGACUUGCGGCAUUUGAGUUCCUCCGAAGGCGUGGCGGCCGCUUUGCAGAUGGCCUCUGAAAUGGACACACCACGCUCCCUGAGCUAUGGCCGGGCUCCAACGACCCUGCAGGUCUAUGACCAGGCCGCGACGCCGCAGCGGCGGCCCAUCACGCCACGGAAGGCCUACAGCGAAGAGGUUGAUGCGCAAGUGCCACUGGCCGCCCAUGUGGCGCCGCGGGCGGAGGGGUUCGUGGCGGAGGUGCUUCCGCCACCACCCGUGCUGCUCAGCAGUAGAGCUGGCUCCUUGACAAGGUCCGGCUCGGCCUUCAAGCCGCGGCCGUGGUCGGAUCACGACUUGAAGCCCAGGACUUGGCGGUUCCGACUCUUGUUCCAUCUUUUAUUGGAACUGGAGCUGUUCGUCUCCGUCCGCUCAGCAUGGCGCGCCGGGCCUCUGGCAGCAGUCCGCGCCUGCGCCCCGCCACGCCGCGGGAGGGCUACACGAUGGUUCCUGCAGGUUUGCCGUCCUUUUUGCCCAGGCAGAUUGACGGAGGCGAGUGUGGCGCCCGGAGCCGUGCUUCCAGCGAGGAGCCCCUGA